CAUGCUAUAAUAUUCGGGAAGUCGAGAAAGGCGUUUGUGAUUCUCGGUGCGCAGUCGGAUGGAGACGACAUGUAAGCCGAACGCGCUAGGGACGGUCGAUGUGCUUCCCGUCUCCAUCCCUGCAUCCGAGCAGCGUCGCAUAGCGGUUAGAGUUCGGUCCUGGUGUUCCAAUGGCGUAACCUGCAGACGGACCUACACUUUCGGAUAAUGCUCGAUAUUUGAGGUUCCAGUAUAAGAGCGCUUCAUAGACGAGACUGAAAACCGCUGAGGCAUCAGAACCUACACAAUGGCUUCUACCCUUCCGCAAACUAUGCGAGCAAGCCAAUGGACCACGACAUCCGGCGGCCUUGAUAAGAACCUCAGGGUAAACACAUCUGCACCGUUACCCACAAAUGCCAAAUCUCUCAAGCCCGGCGAGACGUGCGUCAAAGUAGCAUAUACCACAGUCAACCCAGCCGACUACAAAGCCGUUGAGACUCUUCCCUUUCUCUUCUCAAAGCCAGCAACACCAUGCAUGGACUACUCCGGCACCGUCGUUACCACCACCCUUCCUCACCUCAAGCCCGGCGAACUCGUCUUCGGCAAGACCGAACCGCCCGUCUUCGGCUGUCUAGGCGAGUACGUCGUCGUAGGCAAAGCCGGCUGUGUUCCUGUACCUGAUUCUGUCCGUCUCAAAGACGCCGCAUGCGUGGGUGUCACGGGUCUCACUUCCUACCAAUGCCUUGCGCCCUACGUCAAGGCGGGGGACAAGGUGUUCAUCAACGGCGGUAGUGGCGGCACGGGAACUUUCGGGAUCCAGAUCGCCAAAGCGAUGGGCUGUCACGUAACCGCCACCUGCUCCGGGCCAAAUGUGGAUCUUUGCAAGUCUCUGGGAGCGGACGAAGUGAUCGAUUAUCGCUCCACAAACGUGGUGUCGCACUUGCAGCGCAGCGGAACGCAGUACGACCUAGUCGUCGACAACGUCUUCUCCGACGCUUCUCUCUAUUGGGCAUGCCACAACUUCCUCAAGCCUUCCGGGAAAUACGUCACUGUUGUCGGAACACCAAGCCUCGCGUGGCUGCGCGACAUUCUUUCCGUCUUCCUCUGGCCGAGCUGGCUAGGUGGUGGCCAGAGGAAGUUGGUGUUCACCUUCUGCACGACGAACGCGGUUGAGUAUGAGAAGAUAGCAAAGUGGAUGCAGGAAGGCAAGGUCAAGGCUGUGAUCGAUAAGGAGUACAACCUAGAGCAAGCUGGAGAGGCGUUCGCACAUUUGAAGACCGGCCAUGCGAGAGGGAAGGUACUGAUCGAGGUGUCUGGAGAGUGAAGUGUGGACAUACAUCAUUGUAAUAUCUAGUCUUGUUGUUAGCAUUAGCGUAGCGUGGCUCUGCCAAAGCCAGGUGUGG